UUUUGGUGAAUGUCUAACUUUUGUAGCGCGUUGGGUUAGGGAAAUUUACUGCUUUAAAAUAUUUGUAGAAAAAAUCCCUUGAAUAAUUUUAGUUUCUUCCUCAUUGUAGCUUUAAAUUAGGAAAAUGUAUUAUCUUGUGAUUCAAGGGUAUAAAUGGAUCUGUCAGGAUGGGCCACAAUAAUAUACGAUCUUUUACUAUUUACGGGAAUGGCACUCAUUUAUAUAAGUGAGGCGAUCAUUUUAACAUUAAUUCCGCGACGUUAUCGUGCGAAGUCUAUAAAAGGAGAGGUUGCCCUGAUAACGGGAGGUGCAGGUGGAAUCGGACGAUUAAUUGCGAUCAAGCUGGCAAAGCUUGGAGCUCGUAUUAUUAUUUGGGAUAUUAAUAGAGACGGACUAGAGAAUACAGUCCAGGAGAUUAGACGCAAUGGAGGAAAAUGUUGGGGUUACUAUUGCGAUAUCACGAGCAGAGAAGAAGUUUAUAGGUUGGCGAAGACAGUGCAGAUUGAAGUUGGUUCGGUAACGUUGUUGAUAAAUAACGCGGGUUACGUGUACGGAAAAACGCUUUGGGAAUUACCAGAUGUUGAGAUCGAACGUACUUAUAAAGUGAACAUUCUGUCUCACUAUUGGAUUACCAAAGCAUUUGUGAGAGAUAUGAUGAAAAACAAUCACGGCCAUAUCGUAACCGUGGCAAGCGUAGCAGGACUUCUAGGUACCUAUAAUUGCACUGAUUAUUCGGCAACCAAAUUUGCGGCUAUCGGUUAUCAUGAAAGUCUCUUCACUGAACUUAAAGCCCAUGGUUACGAUGGAAUUCAUGCUACAUUAGUAUGUCCCUAUUUCAUUAACACAGGCAUGUUUUAUGGAGUAAGGCCCAGGUUGAUAUCAAUGUUAGAACCUGAAUAUGUUGCAGAAGAAGUUGUAUCUGGAAUAUUGGUGAAUCAAGUAAUUAUUGUAUUACCUGGUUCAGUUAGGUAUCUUCUGCCAUUGAAAAGCUUAUUGCCAGCAAAACUAUGCUGGGCAUUAAUGUAUCAUAUUAUACGUGGACCUCAAUCUAUGAUGAUGUUCAAAGGAAGAGAGGAAAUGCCAAUAUUAAAGAAUAACAAUAAUGUUACAUUAAUACCCCAAAAAGCUAUGUAG